AUGUCAUCUCGUUGUAAUUUACUUGUAUUUCAGCCGCAGAUGAGCACGCCGGACGAUCCGGUAAUACACUCACCGCCAUCUCUCGGUGGUCAAUUAAUGAACGGUUUUAACCCCACAUUAACUCCUGCAAAAAUGGAGGAAGGUAUGGCCGCCGCUUGUGCCUCUCCUGACGUCGGCGGCAUCGAUCCGAACAGCGACGGGGAAGCACGACGACGGCAAAAGACGUGUCGUGUAUGUGGUGAUCAUGCAACUGGUUACAAUUUCAAUGUUAUCACAUGCGAAUCAUGCAAGGCGUUUUUCCGUCGUAACGCGCUCCGUCCAAAGGAAUUCAAAUGCCCUUAUUCUGAAGACUGCGAAAUUAACGCCGUCAGCAGACGCUUCUGCCAGAAGUGUCGGUUGCGAAAAUGUUUUGCCGUGGGUAUGAAAAAGGAAUGGAUUUUGAAUGAAGAACAAUUACGACGACGAAAAAAUUCCCGACUCAAUAAUAUGGCUAAUCAACAGAGGCAAAAACAGGAACUCGCCCGACAGCACGCAGCCGUAAAGGCCAUGACGUCACCAUUAUCAAUUUCACCAAUGGUUGAUGCCCAGCUUGGUGCGCUCAGUGGUCGCGGAGGAAUACCGCCAUUGGUCAGCCCUGCUGGGCAGUACCCAUUAAUGAGUCCUGCUGGCUCGGGCGCUUCCGACUCACCUCCAUCACGUCCUCUCGGCCUAAUGACUGGUAAUCAAGGAAGUCCAGAUGCUUAUGAGUCGAACAUGAUGAUGCAGCAACGUCUACGAUCACAAAUACCCCAACCGAAUAUGGCUGGCAGUAAGGUCGUUGAUCCAUCUCGUCAAGUCAUCAUCUCGAUGGAUGAAUACCAUAGCCUUGUACAACGAGCAACUCGUCCAGGUGAAGAUGAACCCCUUGCUAAAAGAGCUGCUUAUUCGCCAACCGAUUUGGUCGCACCGCAACCGCGGCCAUUCCAAUCACCUACCAGUCAGAUGUUACCUGUCCACAAUGUUCCACAGAUUCGACCAGGUUGGAGUGAAGUCUACAAGGUACCGUCAAAAUUGGCAUAUGAACAGUUACAUUCAGGUAUUCCCACAUACACAGACCUGGGAGCUGCUACUAGUGGCGAUUUACCAAAACCAUCGUUCACAACCAGUAAUUAUGAGGAUAGUUUGGAAAAGAUGAAUAUGUUUUUCCAUAAUACUAUCGAGGAUGCAUUAAAGAUCGACAGCCCAGAGGAUCAUUCCGCAGCGGCUUCAGCUGGCAUCGCAUCAACCACAUCAACGAGUUCCAGUGGUCAACCUCUUGAGGGUGAAUCAUCCGGAACGUCGUCGGCUAAUGCCUCAGAUAAAAGGCUAAGCUAUCAGCUGAACUCUGCAGAACUACAGGCACUUGACUUGAUCCAAGAAGCAUUCAAAGGUAUGAAUGACCCAAUGGAACAGGGACGUCAGAAACUCUCGUUUCUGAAGAACGAAAAAUCACCUGCAGACAUCAUGAACAUCAUGGACGUUACAAUGCGUCGAUUUGUGAAGAUGGCCAAGAAGCUGCCCGCCUUUAACGAACUCAGCCAGGACGGCAAAUUUGCGCUGCUAAAGGGCAGUAUGAUCGAAAUGCUCACGGUUCGUGGUGUUCGCCGUUUUGAUAGUGGCUCGGGUGCAUGGACGACGCCAACACUGAAAGAGAGUUGCGAGGUAUCCAUCAACAUGUUCGAUCAGCUCAAUGCCGACGUUCGAACCGAACAGAAGAUGCGAUUCCUACAAUUCUUCAAAAUAUUCCACGAGGAUAUUCGAAGAAACGAGCUGGUCAUCUCAAUGAUUAUGUUAAUUGUACUGUUCUCGCCGAGGGAUUGUAUCACCGAUCCGGAAGAUCGUCGGAUCAUAGCCAGACAUCACGAGCAGUACUGCGCACUUUUGAACAGGUUCGUUGGCUAA